AUGGCUAACAACAGCAAAGCCUACUUCGAAGUGCAGUACGCCGACGCAUCCGGCAACUCAAAGACCGGCCGCAUCAACUUCACUCUCUACGACGAUGCUGUCCCACGCACUACCAGGAACUUCCACGAGCUCUGCUCCGGCAAGCCAGGAUUCGGAUACAAGGGAUCUGGCUUCCACCGUAUCAUCCCAGGUUUCAUGAUCCAGGGUGGUGACUUCACCCGUGGAAACGGAACUGGUGGAAAGUCCAUCUACGGUGAGAAGUUCGCCGACGAGAACUUCAGCAAAAAGCACACCCGCCCUGGUCUCCUCUCCAUGGCCAACGCUGGACCAAACACCAACGGCUCCCAAUUCUUCAUCACCACCGCCGUUACCAGCUGGCUCGACGGAAAGCACGUCGUUUUCGGCGAGGUCGACGACGAUGGAUCCAUGGAGAUCGUCAAGGCCCUCGAGGCCAUGGGCAGCGCCUCCGGCACCAUCAAGUCCCCCGUCAAGCCCGCCAUCGUCGACUGCGGUGCCAUGUAA